AAAACAUUUUAGGCUGGGACAGAGCUGUGCAGGUCCUAGUCAGUUGUCACCAUGCCACAGAUCAAGGACUGGACAGAGGAGAUAUUCGCUCAGCUGAGAAGUCAAAGUAUAACUCUCAGGUCCAAAAAAGGACCAGUGUUCUGUGAGGACAUAGGGAAGAGGGAAGCAGACACAGAGAAAACUGCCAACGACCAGUCAGAUAGUUCAUCUGAGGAGGAGAAUCAGUCAGAUGAUGUACUCAAAGAGGAGGCAAGAAUUCAGCUUGAGCAUGAGGCAUGGAUACAAUGUGACAAAUGUUCCAAGUGGAGAAGAGUAGCAAAGGAAGUAGCAACUGAAUAUGCAAAUAAGGACUGGCUGUGUCGUCUGAAUACUGACUCUGAACAUAACAGCUGUACAGAUGUGGAGGAAACCCAUGAUGAGAGGAAAGCACAGAAGUACGGACUGCGCUACGUGUGUAGUGAGAUAGCUGUGGGAAGUCUUGUCUGGGCACGUUUAGAUGGCUUUGCCAGUUGGCCAGCUGUGUUGACCCCUGACCCAGAGAGUGGAGAACACACAGAGGUGGAUGAGGAUGGGGACAUCACCUGGUACCAUGUGGAGUUUCUUGGCCCCAAACCCUCUCACAGCUGGUGCAGCUACAGGAGGGUGGACAUUUACGGAAAGAAAGAUGCAGCACCAAAUGUUGCACAGGUAGCACAGUCAAAGACGAGAAAGAAAGGAAGAAGGAACCCUUGCCUGAAAUUGACAACUCCAAAGACAGGCCCAACUCUGAAACAGAAGAAACUGAACACUGCUGUCAAGGAAGCAGACUACCUGAUGAGCCUUACAAAUGAGCAGAGAUUACAGAGAUGUCAUUUCAAGUGGUCUCAGAGGACAACAGGAGAAUCAGAGAAUGGCAGCUCAACGGAGUUGAAAGGGUACAGAGAGAAGAGCAGUCCAGAUGUGGAAUAUACACAUAGCAAAAUCAUGUCUACAGAGAUGGGGAUGAGAAGCACAGGAAAGAAAGGAUCAAGCAACAACUCACAUCCAACAAGAAACAGGCAGACUGAGAAUACUGAUAGUAGCAACAAGAAGCAGAAAAGCAUGCAUGUAUCAAGUACUGACUUGCAGUGCCCAGCUUUUGCAGUUUUGCCUCCAGAUCUUGGCACAUGCACAGAGAAGGACUUUGGUAUGAUGGUGAGGGCUUUCUUGACAUCCCAUGGCAAGCAUGUCAGCUCACCACCAGUGUGGAAUGGUUCGAAGGUCAGCCUGCAUCAACUCUUCACAGCUGUCAUGGAAAAGGGAGGGUACAGCCAGCUCUCCAAGAGAGGCAAAGCAGGAGGAUGGGCAGGAAUCUACAGGGUACUGACCAAAUGCAGCAUGGCUUCUCAUGGAGGACAGGCAGCAAAGAAGUACUACGAAAGGAAUCUCCUGCCGUAUGAGAUGUUUCUGAGUGGCAGCUCUGUAGAGGAGAUACAACAGAUCAUGAAGAAACCACCUGGCCAAUCGAACAACUCCUCUACACCAACCACCGAGCAACAUUUGCUGAAGGAUGAUCCUACCGAAGACACUCUAGAUGAUGAAAUGCAAAAGAUGGAAGAUAUGGAGAACAUUCUUAUGAGUCUAGAUGAAAGUAUCAAGACAGGCAUGUAUGAUGCCAAAUCUGACACAGGUGGUAAGAGUCAGACAGGUGCUGCUCCCUUACUGAAGUUCUACUCCAACAUGUACGAAGAUGAGCCAUCUGGGGACUAUGAAGUGGCAAGCAGUAGUCUGAUGGAGGUGGAUCCUGACAUGAGCUUCUUGCCUGCUGUUGAAGUUGGAGUGCCGGCAGAAGAGGCUGAAAGACACGAGGCUUCCAUGAUGGAAGAACUGGAAGCCAUGCAGUUAGACCUGGAUGAACUGAACACCAGCCUUGGCCAGGAGCUGCUAGAGCUGUAGUUCGUGGGAACAGAGGUCUGUGAUGUUUCUUGUUGAAAGGCUUUAUUUUUAUUGAAACCUUUGGUCAAUUUCUAAAGAAAACCCAAAGGAUGAAAUUGCUUUUCAGGUUUUGGACUUGCUAAGCUAUUGUGAUAAAAACACA